AUGGCCCCCCGCGAGACAGGAGCGGGUGACGAGGAGUCCCAACGAGACGUCGAGGUCGGCCAAGUGCUCGGCGAGCCGCCUCCGCCCCCGGACCAGGGCGCCGACGGCAGAGACGAGAGUGACGAGGAUGACAAGCCGACGCUGCCCUUCUCCAAGGCGAGAUGCAUCGCCCUGGUCGCGACGGUCACGGGCGCCAGCUUCCUGAACAUCCUCUCGAUCCAGUCGGUCGUCAUCAUCCUGCCCAUGAUCGGCCAGGACCUCGGGAUCCCGGACAGCAGCCUGCAGUGGGUCGUGUCGUCGUACGCGCUCACCUUCGGCUGCUUCCUGCUCCUGUGGGGCCGCAUCGCCGACAUCUACGGCAAGCGCCUCAUCUUCAUCCUCGGCAGUGCCUUCGUCGCCGCCACCAUGAUCGCCAACCCCUUCAUCCCCAACGAGAUCGGGUUCAACCUGUUCCGCGGCCUCCAGGGACUAGGCGCUGCCGCCAACGUGCCCACCGCCAUCGGCAUCCUCGGGGUCACGUUCCCGCCCAGCAAGGCCAAGAACUACGCCUUUAGCGCCUAUGCCGCUGGCGCCCCCCUUGGCAGCGUCUUCGGGAAUUUGAUCGGCGGGUUCAUCGCCUCGUUCGCGAACUGGCGUUGGGUCUUCGGGGCGACGGGCGGGCUCGCCGUCGCCGUCACCGUCGCCGGCAUCUUCGUCAUCCCGCCACCGCCGCACCGAGAGGACGAGAGGGCCCCCAGCGGCGGCAUCUCAGUGCUGAAGACGGUGGACUGGGCCGGCGGGGUGCUUGUGACGGUGGCGAUCCUCGCGCUGCUGUUCGCGCUCACCGAGGGCAACGCCGUCGGCUGGGACACCGUCUGGAUCUACCUGCUACUCGUGAUCGCGGGCCUGCUGCUCGCCGCGUUCGUCGCGUGGCAGUGGUACCAGGAGACGCACACGACGCGGCGGCCGCUCGUCAAGGUGUCCGUGUUCCGCAGCGCGCGCUUCAGCGCGGCGAUGCUCGCCAUGGUGCUCUUCUUCGCCGCCUUCAACGACCUGCUCGUCUCCGCUACCUUCUUCUUCCAGGACUUCCAGGGCCUCGACCCGCUGCAGACCACGCUGCGCUUCGUGCCCACCGGCGUCUGCGGCAUCGCUACCGCCUUCGUCGUCAGCCACCUCAUCUCGCGCGUCCCCGCCUGGCUCCUCCUCCUCUUCGGCAGCCUCAGCGUCGCCGCCGCCUGCCUGCUCUUCGCCAUCCCCAUCCCCGCCGACACCUCCUACUUCGCCUUCGGCCUGCCCGCCUUCAUCCUCGCCGUCAUCGGUGCCGACAUCACCUGGCCUUGCCUCACCCUCUUCACCUCGCAGUCGCUGCCGCGCGAGGACCAGGCGCUCGGCGGCGCCCUCGUCAACGCCAUGGGCCAGAUCGGCCGCGCCGUCGGGCUAGCCAUCACCACGGCGAUCCAGACCGCCAUCAUGGCCCGCGACCGCGGCGUGGAAGUCGAGCACGUCGGCCGCAUCCUCGCCUGGGAACCCGCCUCUCUCGCCGGCCUACGCGCCGGCCAGUGGUUCAACGUCGGCCUCGCCCUAUGCUGUGCCGUCGUCGUCGCUAUCUACUUCCGCGGCACCGGAAUCAUCGGCAAGAUCGAGAAACGGACACCGUCGUCCCCACGCUUACGUGUGAUCGAGGUCACCUGGGUUCCCGUUUAA